CAUCAUGUGUAAUUCUGGUGGUCUCUUUGUGCACCUCUUGCCCUUCCUGCUGGUGACUAGCCCCAUCACUGCCUCCUUCCUGAAUAAAUUAAAGCUAGCUGACACUGUGGAAGACCCGAAGGCUCUCAAAGACCAGGAUUCUGUCUUCAUGCGACAGGCAACAGCUUCAUGUUUUUCUCAAGUGUUGAGAGCAGACUCUGGUAACAUCAGUGUAGGGUCAGCCACUACCAACUAUCAAAACGGUCUAAACUGUGAGUGGCAGAUCCUCUUAAGUCCUGGCAAGAUUGUGAAUAUAACCUGGAUUUCCAUUGAUCUGGAAUCUUCACCCAACUGCAGCUUUGAUUAUGUUCAAAUACAGAAUCUGAAUGAAUCUGGACAAAUGUUACAAAGCUUCAAGUACUGUGGAACAACUCUUCCGCCAGCCUUCACGUCAUCCAGCAAUCAAGUUCUGGUGAAAUUCAAGACCGAUUCAUCUGUAACCAGACAAGGCUUCUCUCUCCUCUACAAUGGUGUGUCAACUAGAAAUGGUACCUCAACCAGUGUGAUACCAACGACACGCCUAAAACCAACUACAACCCUCCUCACCACGACUACAGCCCGCCCUACCACCACAACCCGCCGCACCACAGCCCCCCCUACCACCACAACCCACCGCACCACAGCCCGCCCUACCACCACAACCCACCGCACCACAGCCCGCCCUACCACCACAACCCGCCGCACCACAGCCCGCCCUACCACCACAACCCGCCGCACCACCACAACCCGCUCUACCUCCAGUGGCUUGUCUUGUGAUAGAUCACAAUGGCUAACAGACAACUCGGGGAUAAUCAGAGUGUGGUCAGGCGUAGCAGACUACCAAAAUUUUCUGAACUGCACGUGGUACAUCAAUGUACAGCCUGGUAGCACUGUCAACAUCACUUGGGUCGUCUUUGAUCUUGAAAAUUCAAGCUCCUGCCAUUAUGAUUAUGUUCAAGUACAAGACUUGUCUGCCUCUGGUGAAGUGAUACGACGCCUGGUGUACUGCGGGAGCGUCCUGCCCCCAGCCUUCACCUCCACCAGCAGCCGUGUGACCCUCACCUUCAGGACGGACGGAAGUGUCACCAAGAGAGGCUUCUCUCUCCUCUACACCAGUGCCCGCACCGAUACCUCCACCUGGACGACCCGGCCCACGACCACACCGACCUGGACGACCCGGCCCACGACCACAUCGUCUGCCUGGGUCGACCCCAACCCGUCACCUCCAUACUGCCAGCCUAUGAACGAGUUGUCCUCUUCGAGGGCCAGCAUCAGUGUUGGGUCGGCCAGCGAGCAGUAUUGGAACUAUCAAGAGUGUGAGUGGAGGCUUCGUACUCCUCCUGGCACCGUCAUACGCAUAGCCUGGUUGACCUUUGACCUCGAGCAAGGUGUCUCUUGUAGUUAUGACUAUGUUGAAGUCCUGGAAAUUUCUAAUGUUAGCUCAAAGAUUAGAGGGAAGUACUGUGGAGGUGGUCUGCCUCCUCCCUUGAUCAUGUCGUCCAACGCGGCAGUGAUCAGGUUCCAUAGCGAUGGUUACGUCACCGGCCAGGGCUUCACCCUCCUCUAUGACAGCAUUCCCAGUCCAAUUGACAGCAUUAUGAUCCCUGCAUGAAGUAGUUCAUCAACAAGAGCGGGCCAUCAUCAACAAGAGCGGGCCAUCAUCAACAAGAGCGGGCCAUCAUCAACAGCAGCAGCCCAUCAUCAACAAGAGCAGGCCAUCAUCAACAGCAGCAGCCCAUCAUCAACAGCAGGCCAUCAUCAACAGCAGCAGGCCAUCAUCAACAGCAGGCCAUCAUCAACAGCAGCAGGCCAUCAUCAACAAGAGCAGGCCAUCAUCAACAGCAGCAGGCCAUCAUCAACAAGAGCAGGCCAUCAUCAACAGCAGCAGCCCAUCAUCAACAAGAGCAAUCUGCCAUUACUCAGUAGCUCAGCCAUAACAAUUGUUCUGAAACUCUCAAUAGCUUAACUGUAACCGAAUUAAAUACAUCUAAGGAUUAACUAAAUGUAGCAAUAUGGCAGAGGCUUAACUUAUGAAAAUUUGUUCCAACAGACUGUUCCUUAGAGGGGCUUGUCAAGCCCACAUAUCCACUACAACCUGGUUGGUCUAUCACUUCUUGCACAAGCAUGUUUAAUUUGUUUUUGUUCUAGCAAUAUUUCUUAUUGCUAGAAAUAAUACUAGAUGGUAAUAUACAUACCCAUGAACUUCUGAUUUCAUACAGAAUUCUCUCAUUGUGCCUAUAGCACUGCUACUCUUCAACAGGUCUAUUCUUGCUAUUAUACAUAUUACUUCCUAUUAUAUCGCUCCAGUAUGCUGUUACGGUGCAAAUUUGGGACCUGGCCUUCAGAAUCUUCCAUGUAUAUAAUGUAUACGUUGUGAUACCUCUCUUGUCUCCUUUCUAGAGAGUACAUUUGAGAGCGUUCAGAUGGUCCCAAUAAUUUAGGGACUGUCACAAGCUGAGCUUAACAUUGUUAUUAAACAAAAAUCUACAAUAAAUAAUAAAAUAUCAUGGCUGCCCAUAUGGGGUUAAAGCAGUUACUUCAACAGCACUCUAGCAGCCUACACUGUGACCUGGAUUGACCAAUCACAAGCAUCCAUUCCAGCAGAGUAGAGGGCUCUGUGCUCCCCAUAACAACAAAAAAUCUGCUGAACAGGAUGUACAACAGUACCAAGUUUUUUCUACAGUAUAUUAAAAGUUAUUGUAUUUUAUUUGAACAUUAAAUAUUAUUUGCAUUAA